GCUUAGGAAACAGUUGUGCGACUUCUUAGCUGAGAAUAACACCCGAAUUAACGAGGAGCUCUUGAAUGCAACAUAAAUACAACUGCGCAGUUCAGGGACUGUUCAACAUCUAACGCUUGUGUCGGUGACGUCAUCUCUGCCCAGAUGUCUGCUGCUCAGAGUCUACGUCUGCUCCACUGCUACUCAAAGCAAGGUACAUUUGGUUGUGGCUCUGGUGUCCUGCGCUCAUUCAGUGUCAGUGUGCCAAGAGAGGGCUAUAAGUAUGUAAAUGAUCAGGAGCUGCCGACAGACAUGAGAUCCAUCACUGACCGGGCUGCCACAACCCUCCUAUGGACGGAGCUCUUCAGAGGUUUGGCGAUGACCAUGAGUUACCUGUUCCGUGAACCAGCUACCAUCAACUACCCGUUUGAGAAGGGCCCUCUGUCGCCACGUUUCCGUGGAGAACACGCCCUCCGUCGCUACCCCAGCGGAGAGGAGCGCUGCAUUGCCUGUAAGCUGUGUGAGGCCAUCUGCCCUGCUCAGGCCAUUACCAUUGAAGCUGAGACUCGAGCUGAUGGCAGCAGGAGAACAACGCGCUACGACAUCGACAUGACCAAGUGCAUCUACUGUGGUUUCUGCCAGGAAGCUUGUCCUGUUGAUGCCAUUGUUCAGGGUCCAAACUUUGAGUUCUCCACAGAGACCCAUGAGGAGCUACUGUACAACAAGGAAAAGCUGCUCAACAAUGGAGACCAAUGGGAGGCUGAGAUAGCAGCCAACAUACAGGCAGACUAUCUGUACCGAUAGACUGAUGGUUGUGUCUGUUCUCUCACCGUGAGGAUAAGUUGUACAUUGAAUUAUAUCCUCCUUAUAUGCAAUAAAGAGAUUACUUAUAGCUUUACAGAUAUUUCAGUUGCAAAUGAGCAGUGAAGCCUUGCAGCCUCACAUUCUGCUGACAGAACUGAGGCGACAAAUACAAACGCACAAAUUAUACUGUCUUGUGUUGUGUUACAAAGAUGGUUGAUAUUGCACUUUUUGGUUUUACUUUAUAAUCUGCAGCCUAACAUGCUGCCUGUCAUAGACUUUAUUCCACAGCACCUUAAAGCAUGUUUUACGUAGUUUAUUAGCUAGGACAUUUGUAAAAGAGAAUAUUAUGUAAUGUUUAUUAUGAGGUCAUUUAAGGUACUGAAAUAAAUCACAUUUGAGACUGUUAA